AUGAUGAAGAUUUUCUUGUUAGGUUUUGUAGUGUCAGGGCUGAUUCUUGUUACUGAAACAAAUGGGUACAUAGAGUUCAAUGUCACAGAGUUUGAUCGCAUUGAGGAGUUAGAGUAUGGUUUCUCCAAGUCUAGCUCCAGUUUCAACCCACUAAUGGUUGGUCUCACACUUAUCAGAGGAGCAGGUGCCAAAGGAGCUGUUUGUUUGGAUGGAACAUUGCCUGGAUAUCAUUUACAUCGUGGACAUGGUUCCGGAGCCAAUAGCUGGCUAAUUCAGUUAGAGGGAGGAGGAUGGUGUGACAACAUAAGGAACUGUGUAUACAGAAAGAAGAGUCGUCGUGGUUCUUCUAACUAUAUGGAGAAACAGAUACAGUUUACAGGCAUACUUAGUAAUAAAGCUCAAGAUAAUCCAGAUUUUUUCAACUGGAAUAGAGUCAAGCUCCGUUACUGUGAUGGUGGUUCCUUUAGUGGGGAUAGUGAAGACAAGGCUGCAGGGCUUCAGUUUAGAGGAGAGAAGAUAUGGAGAGCAGCAAUGGAUGAUCUGAAGACAAAGGGAAUGCAAAAUGCCAAACAAGCACUUUUAUCUGGAUGCUCUGCAGGUGGUUUAGCAGUAAUUUUACGUUGUGAUGAAUUCAGUAACUUGUUGUCAAGAACUACAAAAGUCAAGUGCUUAAGUGAUGCAGGCUUGUUCUUGGACACGCCUGAUGUGUCUGGUGGCCAUACCAUUAGGAAUCUAUAUAACGGUGUAGUGCAGUUGCAGGGAGUUAGGAACAAUCUGCCACAAAUGUGCACAAACAAUCUCAACCCAACUUCUUGUUUCUUCCCUCAAAACUUGAUCAGCGGGAUGAAAACCCCUCUAUUUAUUGUCAAUGCAGCUUAUGAUAUUUGGCAGGUUCAGAGUAGUAUUGCUCCACCAAGUGCAGAUCCUAGUGGUUAUUGGCAUGAAUGUAGAUUAAACCAUGGAAAAUGCACUCCAGCACAGAUACUAUUCUUGCAAGGGUUUAGAGAUCAGAUGCUGAGAGCUGUGGAGGAGUUUUCGAAUGCAAGAAAGAACGGUUUGUUUAUAAACUCAUGUUUUGCUCAUUGCCAAACUGAAAAGCAAGACACUUGGUUCGCUGAUGAUUCUCCUGUUAUCAACAAGAAGGCGGUGGCGGUAGCGGUUGGAGAUUGGUAUUUUGAGAGAGCAGAAGUGAAGCUUAUAGAUUGUCCAUACCCGUGUGAUAGGAGCUGCCACAAUCUUGUUUUCAGAUGAAUGAAUGAUCUUCUCUUACUUCUUUCUUUUAGUGAUCCUUUUGUAUUCUUUUACUUCAAUGGUUCUGUUGGCAAUACUGAAUAAUGUCGAAAAUAUAUGUUUUGUAACCACAUUAACAUUGGCUUGAACUUGAAGGCAAGUCCAAAAUGCUUUGAAAAAAAGAGGCUAGCCUUAAACUCAAGCCUCUAAACUAGUGUACUAGUGUCACCCAUUCAGAUACAAGUUCAGGAAUGUGUUUGAGACUGAUUGAAAUAAAUGAAACAAUCC